AUGUAUCGUGAAACGACAAAAGACAGAGCAGCGAGCGAGCCGGUGGCACGUGCGCUCGGAGAAAGUCUGCAGGCGGCCGGUAGCUUCCCGCUGGACGAGUUCUCGCGACAUUCCUCGCAAAAGGCGCGCCCAGCGCUCUACGCCGUCUGCAGUCCGACACAGAAUCGACGGCCACCGGAAGUAUACCUCGCCGCCGUGCUGGUCGCGUCAGCACUAGCGGAAGAGGCUCGCAGCAGUUACACGGCCAAGAAGCACGACAAACGUGGCAUCCUCACCGGGGCGCACUCCAUCGGCGACUUCAUCGGUGGAGGAGCUCUGCUGGGCGGGGGCAUCAGCGGCGGCUACAUCGGCAGCGGCUUGGGCUACGCCGGGGGCUACGGUUACGGUGGUGGUCUGAGUGCCGGAGCUAUCAGCCUGGCUUCCAGCGGCGGUCUGAGUGCUGGAUCCAUCGGCCUGGGAUCCGGACUCGGCGCCGGGUCCCUGGGAGGCGGCGGCAUCGGACUGGGUGGAGGCGCCGUCGGCAUCGGCGGGCCCAUCGUGACAGUCCAGCCCACAGAGACCGUGGUGCAGACUGUCAGGGUACCGGUCCCCCAACCCGUCGCCGUCCCGGUCGACCGCCCCGUCCCCGUCCCCCAGGCAGUCCCAGUCCCCGUCAACCGUCCGGUCCCCGUACCCCACCCGGUGCCCGUCAGGGUCCCCCACCCGGUGCCCGUGUCCGUCCCCAGCCCCUACCCCGUGGAAGUGCCCAGGCCCGUCCCGGUCGCCGUCAAUAGGCCGGUCCCCGUCCCGGUCCCCCAGCCGUACCCCGUCCGCGUCCCCCAGCCGGUCCCGGUCGGAGUACCCCAGCCCGUACCGGUCCGCGUGCCCGUGGCCCAGCCCGUUGCGGUCCCGGUGCCGGUCAGCUCCGGCUUCUCCGGUGGUGCCAUCCUAGCCGGCGGCGGUCUCGGGUCCGGACUCGGAGGAGGCUACGGACUCGGUGGUGCGGGGCUGUCGUCCGGGUACCUCGGCUCUGGACUCCUGGCUGGUGGAUACGGCUCCAGUGGGAUACUGUCGUCCGGUCUGUACGGUGGUGCCUACUCUGGCAGCCUACUGUCUGGACACGGCUACGCUGGAACCUACAAGAGCUACCAUUAA